CAGGUGGCAAAAUUCACGUUAACACUGCUUAAACUUAAGGGGGGCCCCUGAGGUGCGGUUUGUCUGAGGAUAUGGAGCCAUCAGUGGACUCUGAGAAACAACAUCUGAUUGAGGCUCAUUUGGAGCCUCUUAGAUGGACGAGCUCACCUGAGGAGAGACAUUCAGACAGCGAAGACGUCUCCGGGGUGGACGACCCGUGGCGGCUGUGCCAGGAGACGGACUCGACGUCGGGGGCCGAGAGUGACGCCAGACGUCUGGCCAGGAGGAAGCUUUACGUCGCCUGCGCCGUCAGCCUCGUCUUCGUGACCGGAGAGGUGAUUGGUGGAUACGCUGCUCGCAGUCUGGCCAUCAUGACGGACGCAGCACAUCUUCUGACCGACUUUGGCAGCAUCCUGAUCAGCAUCUUCUCUCUGUGGAUCUCAUCCAGGCCUCACACACACUCCAUGACCUUUGGGUGGCAUCGAGCAGAGAUUCUGGGCGUGUUGCUGUCGGUUGUGUCUAUCUGGGCAGUGACAGCAGUGUUGGUCAUGUCAGCCGUGCAGAGGAUCACUGACGGAGACUACGACAUCGACAGUCAGAUCAUGCUCGUCACCUCAGGCUGUGCUGUGGGGGUCAACGUCCUGAUGGUCCUGAUCCUCCAUCAGUCCGGAGCCCCACAAGGCCACAGUCACAGCUUUCCCACCGGCCGGCAGCAGGGGGACAAACAGCACCGGGGGCGCGGCCACCAUCACGGCCACGGCAACGCCAGUGUGAAGGCGGCGUUCAUCCAUGUGCUGGGAGAUCUGGUGCAAAGUGUCGGAGUCCUGCUGGCCGCCACCAUCAUCCACUUCUGGCCUGAAUAUAAAGCGGCAGAUCCGAUUUGCACGUUCCUGUUCUCGGUUCUUGUUCUCGGAACGACACUUCCGGUCACAAAGGAUGUUUUCAGAGUACUGAUGGAGGGCACUCCUCGGGACGUGGACUUGAACGCUGUGAGGGAGCUGCUGCUGUCUGUCCGAGGAGUCGUCGCUGUUCACGGUCUGCACGUGUGGAGCCUCAACAUGAGUCGAUCUUUACUGUCCGUCCACGUGGCCGCAGAAGAAGACGCCGACACACAGAUCGUCCUCACGAAGGCCACGACGCUCCUGCGCUCCGAGUUCACCUUCUCCAGCAUCACAAUCCAGGUGGAGCGUUACCAGGACGACCGCUGACAGCACCUGGACUGUGGGACGACGGGGCAGCGGGUUCCUCGAACGCUGGACGCUCCAACGUGUUUAAAUUUCAGGAGUUUGUGGUACUGUUUAUAUUCCUCCAGCCUUUUCACAUUUUAUCUACACGUAAUUCAGCUGCUGUGUUUAAAUCCCAGAGCUGAGAGUCUUUGACAAAAUAUUUAUUCAUGGGGGGAAAAAAAUUGACCCGAGCUGCCAAAGUUGGAGACUUUUCCAUCAGGCUGGUUUCUCAGAGAUUUGAGCGAUAUGUCCAAAUGUAAUUUUUAUCUCUGAAGCAGCAGAUUGGCACCUGCUGCAGCCCAGACAGUUUUUAUUUAUAUGACAGUUAGAAUAACGACGUCCUUUGGACAGAUCUGUGUAACGAUCACCUAUAAAUGUUGUAUAAAUAGUACAGCCAGUGUAAGAAUUAAAAGUACUUUCAUUUA